AUGAGUAAACGUGAACUCGAUGGCGAAGACGCCGAAGAACGGGACAACCAAGAUAAAAGGCAACACAGGCAAGAUGACGGCAACAUCGACGCUGCGCUCCUAGAUGAAGCCAACCAGUACGACACGGCGACGACCGCAGUAGCAAACGCAACGUACCGCGACUUGAUCCAGCACGACGAAAAUGAGCAUGGCCACGAGCACCACAGUCAUGGUCGCGACCAUCUCGGUGCACACGAACACGAGCAUGGCCCUGAUCAAGGACAGGACGAGCAGCAACGCAAUCACCGGCAACAGGGCGACGAAGAUGGCGGGGCCGAACAGGAAGGAGGAGAACAGGAGGGAGACGAAGAAGAGGAAGAGCUGGACGACAAUCUCAAGGAUCCAGACCACAUCCCGGAUGAGGCCUCCACAAUGGACGUGAAAGUUGACGACGAAAACGACGACGACGACGAAGACGACGACUCCGAGAGGAAAACCGCUGUCCGUCGCGGCCGCGCCGCCGCGCCAGUAACGGGCAGUGAGGAGUGGAAACGGCAAAGAAAGGAUUCGCACAAGGAGGUCGAAAGAAGAAGGCGUGAGAACAUCAACCUGGCCAUCAACAGGCUCAGCGACCUGUUGCCCGUCAAAGAAAACAGCAAGGCCACCAUCCUCGCGCGCGCUGCUGAGUAUAUACAAAAGCUCAAGGAGACCGAGAGCGCCAACAUCGACAAGUGGACCCUGCAAAAACUGCUCAGCGAGCAGAACCAGUCCAGACUGACAAGCACCAACGAGCGGCUGCAGGAGGAGCUCGGAAGAGCCUACAAGGAGAUAGAGACUCUCAAGUCUAUGAUAGGCGGGAGCGUCAUCUCGUCGGGGAACGCCGAGGGCAACGACGGAGAAACACACUAG